AGGAAACAGAGAUUAACUUGUCAGGUUCUUCUGAGUGGCAGCUCAAAAUGAUGGAUCAAGCCAGAUCAGCAUUGUCUAAUUUGUUUGGUGGAGAACCAUUGUCGUAUACCCGAUUUAGUCUGGCUCGGCAAGUAGAUGGUGAUAACAGUCAUGUGGAGAUGAAACUAGCUGUAGAUGAAGACGAAAAUACUGACAAUAACAUGAGGGCCAAUGUCACAAAACCAAAAAGAUUUAAUGGAAGUAUCUGCUAUAGUAGUAUUGCUGUAAUCAUCUUUUUCUUGAUUGGAUUUAUGAUUGGCUACUUGGGCUAUUGUAAACGUGUAGAACCAAAAGCUGAGUGUGAGAGACUGGCAGGAACAGAGUCUUCAGUGAUGGAAGAGCCAAAUGAGGACUUCCCUGAAAUACCUCGCUUAUUUUGGGCAGACCUCAAAACAAAGCUGUCAGAGAAACUGGAUACCACAGAGUUCACCAGCACUAUCAAGCUGCUGAAUGAAAAUUCCUAUGUCCCUCGUGAGGCUGGAUCUCAAAAAGAUGAAAAUCUUGCAAUGUAUGUUGAAAAUCAAUUCCGUGGAUUUAAGCUCAGCAAAGUCUGGCGUGAUGAACAUUUUGUUAAGAUUCAGGUCAAAGGCAGUGCUCAAAACUCGGUGACCAUAGUGGGUACAGGCGGUGAAUUUGUAUACCUGGUGGAGAAUCCUGAGGGUUAUGUGGCAUAUAGUAAGGCUACAACAGUUACCGGUAAACUGGUCCAUGCUAAUUUUGGCACUAAAAAAGAUUUUGAAGAUUUACAAGUUCCUGUGAAUGGAUCUGUAGUGAUUGUCAGAGCAGGGAAAAUCACCUUUGCAGAAAAGGUUGCAAAUGCUGAAAGCUUCAAUGCGAUUGGUGUCUUGAUAUACAUGGACCAGGCUAAAUUUCCCAUUGUUAAUGCAGAUCUUUCCUUCUUUGGACAUGCUCAUCUGGGAACAGGCGACCCUUAUACACCUGGAUUCCCUUCUUUCAAUCACACACAAUUUCCACCAUCUCGAUCAUCAGGAUUGCCUAAUAUACCUGUCCAAACAAUUUCCAGAGCUGCUGCAGAAAAACUGUUUGAAAAUAUGGAAGGAGACUGUCCUUUUGGUUGGAGAACAGACUCUUCAUGUAAACUGGUAUCCGCACAAAACAGGAGUGUGAAGCUUGUUGUGAAAAAUGUGCAGAAAGAGAUAAAAAUUUUUAACAUCUUUGGAGUUAUUAAAGGCUUUGUAGAACCAGAUCGCUAUAUUGUAGUUGGGGCCCAGAGAGAUGCCUGGGGUCCAGGAGCUGCCAAGUCCAGUGUAGGAACAGCUCUCCUCUUGAAACUUGCCCAGAUAAUCUCAAAUAUGGUCUUAACAGAUGGAUUUCAACCCAGCAGAAGCAUUAUCUUUGCCAGCUGGAGUGCUGGAGACUUUGGAGCUAUUGGUGCCACUGAGUGGCUAGAGGGAUACCUUUCCUCCUUGCAUCUAAAGGCUUUUACUUACAUUAAUCUGGACAAAGCUGUUCUUGGCACCAACAACUUCAAAGUUUCUGCCAGCCCACUGUUAUAUACGCUUAUUGAGAAAACAAUGCAAGAGGUGAAACAUCCAGUUACUGGGCUGUCUCUAUAUCAGGACAGCAACUGGAUCAGCAAAGUUGAGAAACUCUCUUUUGAUAAUGCUGCCUUCCCUUUCCUUGCAUAUGCUGGAAUCCCAGCAGUCUCUUUCUGUUUCUGUGAGGACACAAAUUAUCCUUAUUUGGGUACUACCAUGGAUACUUAUGAGGAACUGAUUAAGAAAAUUCCUCAGUUGAACAAAGUGGCACGAGCAGCAGCAGAAGUGGCUGGGCAAUUCAUUAUUAAACUUACACAUGAUGUUGAAUUGAACCUGGACUAUGAGAUGUAUAACAACAAAAUACUUGCAUUUGUGAGAGAUCUGAACCAAUUCAGAUCAGACAUAAAGGAGAUGGGCCUGAGUCUACAGUGGCUGUAUUCUGCUCGUGGAGACUUUUUUCGUGCUACUUCCAAACUAACAACAGAUUUCAAGAAUGCUGAGAGAACAAACAGAUUUGUCAUGAGAGAAAUCAAUGAUCGUAUCAUGAGAGUGGAAUAUUACUUUCUCUCACCCUAUGUGUCUCCAAGAGAGUCUCCUUUCCGACAUAUCUUCUGGGGCUUUGGCUCUCACACUCUGUCAGCUUUAGUAGAGAACUUGAAGCUGCGUCAGGAAAAUAACGGUGCUUUUAAUGAAACACUGUUGAGAAACCAGUUGGCUCUAGCUACUUGGACUCUUCAGGGAGCUGCAAAUGCCCUCUCUGGUGACAUCUGGGACAUUGACAAUGAGUUUUAAAUGUGAUACUCACAACUUAUGUAAGAAAAGCAGGGUAGUCUGGUUUUUAGACUUGUGCUGGUUGUGCUAAAUUUUCAGUAGGGCUACAAACCCUAAUGUUGUUAAAAUUCUAUCCAAUCAUCUUGGUACUACUAGAUGUCCUUUUAGGCAGCAGCUUUUAAUACAGGGUAGGUACCUGCACUUCGAGUUAAAGUGAAGAACCACUUUAAAAAUGUUCAUGAUGGAGUAUUUUCUCUGAUUAUUUCUAGAAUUGUAAGUGCUUUGUAAUGGUAACUGCCUCUUUCCUGUUAUAAUUUUGAAAAUGUCAGAA